AUGUCGACCUUGGUCCGGACCACUUCUUACCCUGCCAUCAAGAACGCGCCUCUCAUUGGCCUUGCGGAGGGAAAUGGUGCCUUCUCCAACUAUCAGUUGGCAUUUUGUGUGGUUGUUGCGCCGUAUUUGUUGAAGUCGGUCCUCCCCAUCGUUUCUCGCGGUGGCUUCAAGACCUAUCUAUUCUUGCUCGUGGUCACUGGGGUGCCCGUCACUGUCGCCUACUGGGCCCUGGUCAGUAUGUACGGCCCGCGUAAAAACGAGAAGGUGGUACUUCCAGGAAAGGACAUAGAAGAGUAUAUUGAAAUCAAAGACAUCGAGCUGAGGAGGCUAUACAAUGGGAAGCAGAAGAUUCCUAUGCAGCUCUUCCACGACGCGUACUUUGAGGGCAAGAUUGAUUUUAAGGGCGACGUGUUGGAGAUUAUGGAGCAGCGACAUGAUUGGGCAAAAAUGACCUUCACAUGGGAGCUCUUCAAAUAUGUCUUCAUGGUAUUCAUCCCCGAGGUCGUUAUCCACUCGCAACACCAGGAUGAAGACCAAGUCCGUACUACCUAUGAUCGCGGCAAUGACUUCUAUGGAUGGUUCCUCGGCCCACGCAUGGUUUACACAUCUGGCAUCGUUCUCGACAACACUAUUGAAGAAUCCUUGGAGCAACUUCAGGACAACAAGCUCACCGUUGUCUGCGAAAAGUUAAACCUGAACGAAAACGACCGUGUCCUCGACAUUGGCUGCGGAUGGGGUACACUCGUCACCCACGCCGCCAAGAACUACGGCUGCGAUAUCACCGGUGUGACUAUUGCUCGUGAACAGGUUAAGUUCAUCGAACAAAGGCUAAAGGACAACGGUGUGCCAGAAGGCAAAGCUCGCGUUUUGUGCUGCGAUUACCGAGAUAUCCCCCAUGAAAAGGGCAAAUAUACUAAGAUCGUUGCUCUCGAGAUGGCAGAGCACGUCGGUGUUCGUCGCUAUGGGGCUUUCUUGCGCCAACUUUACGAGCUGUUGGAUGAUGACGGUAUCAUCGUAUUCCAAGUUGCUGGCUUCAGGCCGCACUGGCAAUUUGAGGACUUGAUCUGGGGUCUGUUCAUGAAUAAGUAUGUUUUCCCUGGCGCCGAUGCUUCUUGCUCGCUCGGUUGGGUCAUCAAUCAGUUGGAAGGAGCAGGCUUCGAGAUGAAGAGCGUUGAUGUCCUUGGGGUUCACUAUUCGGCUACUCUCUGGCGUUGGUACAAGAACUGGUUGUCUAACAAGGACUUGGUGGUCGCAAAAUACGGCGAACGUUGGUUCAGAAUAUGGGCGUUCUUCCUGGCAUAUGCUACUAUCAUCAGUCGCCAAGGCGGUGCUUCUGUUUUCCAAAUCACGAUGCACAAGAACUUGAAUGCCUACCACCGCAUUGAGGGUGUUCCAAGCCAUGCCUCCAUCCACAUCAAGCCCAAACAUCCCAUAAUCUCAGUGAUCUGA